AUGUUUGGGCUGUGUAUAGAGCAACCCAAACUUUUCUGCCGGGACUUUAUAUGGGGGCAGUGUAACAAGGGUGCACAGUGCAAGUACCGCCACGAGCUUGUGUUCGAGGUUAUAAAAAAGACUUUGAAGUUCUGUCACGACUUUCAAAAUUCGGCUGGAUGUUCUCGCGAACUGUGUACAUAUCUGCACGCCACUAAGGAGGAGCAGAGUUUGUUCAAAUCUACCGGGCAACUGCCGCGGGUUUUAGCGGAGCGUCACGCCAACAUGUCUGCAGCCGCAGCUGAGACUAUCCCCCAGAUUGCAUUAUACAUACAAGGGAGUUACGCGGGCCCACCUCCGCCGCCACCGCCACCACCUUUGCCGGCUGUGUCUGCGCCGGCUAGUGUUGCCCCCGCUGCAGCGUUCCCGCGACCGCCCGUCGUGUCGGUUGCGCCAAUCGCCCCGCGUCCCGUGAUGCCUAUUGGACAACCACCGCUGCCGCCGCCGCCGCCGCCGCCGCCACCGACGGUUCCAACUACUUCAGUUCGGCAGCAGGCGCCUGUAUUUACAGCACCCCCUCCAACGGCACCUUUUACAAUGGCCCAUCCACCUCCACCUAUACCGGUAUAUGAUUCCAGUAAACCACCACCGCCAAUAAUGCCAGCGCACGCUCAAAUAAAAAGUAGCGAACCUACGAAAAGGAAAGCCUCGAAUGACGAUUCAAAUGUGCGAAUCAAAAUGAAAAAGGGAGAGGAUGAAACAAUUGCAGACCAGCUGUGUGAAAAUUGUGUGCAAAGGGAACUAAGGAUCGAUGCGAUAAAAAAACAAUUAGAAGCUAUUAAUGAAGAGGAGGAAUAUGGGACUCUCGAUUAUAAAAAAAUGAUUGAGGAGUACCAGAACUUGAAAGAAAUAUUGAAGUCACUAAUCAGCACUGAUUUGUUUCAAAAGUUCGUUGAAGAAAAUGUAGAGGGAAUCUCUCAAAAUCAAUCCAAUAAUAAUACUAUAUUUGAUCAAGAACCGUUCAAUGCAGGAAUCCCUCAAAAUCAAUCCAAUAAUACUAUAUUUGAUGAAGAACCGUCAAAUGCAGGUGUUUCAACCGUGCCUAAUCAAUUUUUAUUACAACUCAUGGAAUACAUGAUGGGCGACGCCAAGGGCGGCGAUUUGGGAGCACAUAAAAAUCAAUCCAAUAAUACUAUCUUUGAUGAAUCACUUAUUCAAGCUUUAUCUUCUUUGGCUGGAGAAAGUAAUCCUGUCAAAAUAAAACACAAUAAUAAAAAUAACGCAUCUCCUGAGAUAUUGCAAACGUUUUUGGACAUUUUACAACAAAUUAAUUCAACUGACGAAACAGCGCCUGCAGAAGUGAACCUAGAUACAAGCAACAACGCAAGCUCAAAUAAUAGUAACAUAAGUGACUCCCAACAAUACUCGAAUAGGCAAGAUAUACCCGUGUCAUCAGUGAGUUCGAGUAGGUUCCCACCGCCGACUGCGCACGGAGUUGCGACAUCUCCGGCGUUCUUGCAACCUCAAGUUGCGCCCGCGCCGCCGCCUUACCAGCACUAUCAGCCAAUGCCGCCAGCAGGGCUUUACUACCCUUCACCCUUCGCAGGCGCCCACACAGCAGGUAUGCAAAUGGCUCAAGACAGCCAGGCAAUGCGAGCACACGUUCCACUUGCGAUGCCGCCCGCGCCCCCGCCGCCCGUCUCGUUCGCGCCGACCGCUGCGCCCGCGCCGCCGCCCGUACAUCAGCCCAGCCACUACGCGAUGGAACGGUACCCGCCGCCCUACUACCCCAGGCAUCAGUAGUUCUGCGAACUGGCGACUGCAAUCGCGGCCUUCACCAUACAUGGUCGUCAUACCGCCAAUGCGAGAGAGUUCCCGUUUCUAAUCCUGUCGGUCCUAAAUUUGUUUGUGCAUUCUAAUAAAAACAUAAAUUUAAUAACUAAUAUUGCCAUCACUUCAAGCAACAUUAUUUUGAAUAAA